AUGGCAACAAUUAUCCCCUUAACAACUAAUACCCCCUUCCCCAUAAAACUAACCCCCAUAAAUUCUCCAGUUUGGAGGAAGCAAAUUCUGUCAACACUCAUUGGUCUCGAUCGUGAUCGAUUAAUCAUAGAUUUCACAAAACCACCAACCAAAUAUCUCAACAAAGAGUACACCAAACCAAACCCAUACAUUAUCGUCUGGUACAGGCAAGAUCAAAUAAUCAUCGACGCCAUCUUAGGCAGUUGCUCAGAAACUAUACAAGCCACAAUUUCUUCUGCAAAAACUGCCCUUAAAGCUUGGAAUCAACUCAGUGUGAGCUAUGCCAAUGUCUCAAGAAGCCGUAUUAUAUCUAUAAAAACCAAACUCACCAAGAAGCCUAAAGGGGCUAGAUCGAUCACUGAAUACCUUCAUGAAAUGAAAAUCAUUGCAGAUGCAUUAGCCCUAGCUCAAAGCUCGAUUGACGAUGAAGACCUUAUCGUGAACAUCCUGGCACAACUUCGCGAUGAGUUCAAUAGCAUCACUGCUACAAUCAAAGUCCGAGAUAAGCCGAUUUUGAUACCCGAAACUAUUCAACAAACUUGUCGAUUUUGA